AUGACCUCGAUUGGUGCUUCAAAGCUGUCACUCUCUUCCAUCACCACAGAAGCAUUAUGGCGGCAAUCUGGUCGCUACUCCGCCAACUCGGAGCUCCUGCGCAUCAAAGAUAGGAGGGAAUCUGGUUUCCUACUAUCGCCGACCCAUGAAGAAGAGAUCACAUCACUUGUAGCUAGUAUGGUACACUCCUACAAGGACUUACCCUUGAGGCUGUAUCAAAUUGGACGCAAGUACCGCGACGAACGAAGACCACGACAGGGAUUAUUACGAGCUAAAGAGUUCAUGAUGAAAGAUCUUUACACGUUCGACCACUCUACGGAAGCCGCGCUAAAGACUUACGAAGAAACACGAAAAGCAUACAAUAAUCUGUUCAAUGAGCUCAGACUGCCUUACCUUGUCGCCGAUGCCGAUUCCGGCAACAUGGGAGGAAAGCUAAGCCAUGAGUAUCAUUUUGUUUCUCCCAAGGGUGAAGACAAUGUGUGGUCUUGCAACUCAUGCGAAUAUGUCGCGAAUGAAGAGCUUGUGGAGAAGAGUAGCCAAGCCGCAGCGUCAGAUAAGGACAGCUGGCAUGCCUUCACCGGGAUAAGUGUUGACAGGAAGACAAAGAUCAACGUAUGGAUCCCGCGUCCGUCCAAGGGCGUGGAAAUACCAGCGAAUCAGGGACAUGAGUUUGUUAAUCUUCAUGCUGUCAAGAAAGCACUGCCAGAGAACAUUGAACUAGAUACUGGCAUCGAAUCCUCAUCACUGCCUUCUUUGCUUCAAAAGACCACCGAUACCAUCGACCUCUUUGACUCCUCUCUUACCUUCGAUGAGGAUAAUGCCUCCCUUUCUAAGCCUCUGUCUUCCAACUCACAUCUUACAACCAUCGAAACCGGUGACCCAUGUCCUCGCUGUUCCGACGGGAAACUCGAUGUUCAAAAAGCCAUCGAAGUGGGCCACACCUUUCACCUUGGCACUCGGUACAGCAAACCGCUCAACGCAGUAGUUGCAUUACCAGACCAGAAUCUCUCAUCGCCAAUCCAAAUGGGAUGCCACGGCAUCGGUGUUUCGCGUAUCAUUGGAGCCGUAGCGUCACUUCUCUCGGAUGCCAAAGGCCUGAAUUGGCCAAGGGCGAUAGCACCUUACGAAACCAUCAUUCUCACAUCUCCACAGACAGAUGAGAGUGAUGCAGCAGAGGUUUACGACGCAAUCUCCGGUGACGCCCGGCAUGGCGAUGUGGAUCUAGUAUUGGAUGACCGAUCAGGAAAGAGCAUAGGAUGGAAGCUGAAGGACGCAGAUCUGAUUGGAUACCCGGUCGUCGUUGUACUGGGUCGGAGUUGGAAAGAUAGGAAAGAAGUUGAAGUGCAGUGCCGGAGAUUAGGGGUCAAAAAGGAUCUUGGUCUAGGUGAUCUAAGACAAGAAGUUUUGAGGCUGCUAGAGCAGUUGUAG